AACACACAUAUAUUACUCAGGCUACCUUACCUUGGGUAUUGUGUUAAGACGUGCUGGUCUACAAUUCCAUUAAAGUUGCCAGGCUGUUAAUCCAGGAUGAACCAGCUGACUUUAAAACAGAUGCAGAUGUACACCAAAAUGUUUAAAGAAGUUGAUCUUAAUCACGACGGACGUUUAAACAGAUCGGAGGUGAAGGGCUUGUGUGUGGAGUUGGGGUUUUCCUAUGAUGACUCACAGGUGAAGCAACUGUUUUCGGAGCUGGACAAGGACAAAAGUGGCGAUGUGACUUUGGACGAGUUUCUCUUUGCAAUGCAACCAAUAACAAAUGGGAAAAAACGAUGUGCCACCUUCAGACGGAUGUUUCGGAGGAUGGACGUGAACAAAGAUGGCUUCCUGUCAGUAUCCGAGCUCCACCGGGCUCUGGCGUCUGCUGUGGGCGAGGGAGAAGAACCGUUGUCUGCACAGGAAGUGAAGGACAUGAUAGCCCAUGUAGACGUCAAUGGCGACGGCAGACUGGACUAUGAGGAGUUUCUGUUGCUGUUUAAAUUGUUUAAAGCGUUUGCCGAAGCCUGACGAAAUGUCGAAGU